CAAUAUAUAAAGGCAUGUACACGACCCUGCUAGCUGCAGACGAAUCUGAAAUGUCUCUUUUCUUCAGCAAAAUGGAACGUAUCAGCAACAGCCUAGGCCUCUCCAUAAAUAGAUCAAAAACGAAAUUAAUGGUGGUGGAUCGUGCAAAUGUUCUAAGAUUGAGUGGGGCGCUUGGAUUAGAGGUUGUAGACGAAUUCGUGUAUCUCGGGUCCUGCAUAAGCAACAAAGGCUCAUGUGAAACUGACGUGCGCCGACGUAUCGGAAUGGCUAAAAGUGCGAUGUCUCAGCUACAGAAGAUCUGGAAGAAUAGAGGGAUAGGCCUGAAAACUAAAACCAGACUGGUGCGGACUCUUGUUUUCUCUAUCUUCUUGUAUGGAGCUGAGACAUGGACGUUGAAAGCAGCAGACCGAAUGCGCAUCGAUGCUUUCGAAAUGUGGUGUUGGAGACGCAUGCUAAGAAUUCCGUGGACAGCCUUCCGGACUAACGUGUCGAUAUUGAAGCAACUGGGCAUCAAAAUCAGACUGUCUACUGUAUGUCUGAAGCGGAUCCUCGAAUAUUUUGGUCACAUUGCGAGGAAAGACGGCGAUAACCUGGAAAAACUUAUGAUCACAGGGAAAGUUGAAGGCAACAGAUUUAGAGGCCGCAGCCAGACUCGUUGGUCCGAUCAGAUCCGCACCGCUUUGGACAGUACAGUGUACAUCGCGCUGCAUGACGCCGUGGACAGGGGAAAGUGGAAAAAGAUCUUAAGAUUGAAGCUCAUGGGUGAUGGUGGUCACGACCCCCAGACAUGAGGAACACGACUCGAGGAGGAGGAAGUUAUGUAUAAGUAUGUAUUAAGUAAGCAUCUAUGAGGUCAUUGAUCUGCUUCCACGGGAAUUCUAAUGACGUGCCAGUUCGUACAAUUUGUUCACAACCUCACUUUUAAAGCUAUGGUGUUUUUUAUGCUCCUAUGUAAUCAGCUUUGUCCACUGUUUAUCUGUUUGUUCUAAUCAAUAUAACUGCUGUAUAAUAUUUACAAAACCUAGUAAAAGCUGUUUUCACAUUUGAGGCUUCGUUUAGCUCAAUAUUUUGGAAUAUACAUAUUAAAUGUUAAUAAUAUACUGAGAAUAUACUGAGGUGGUGGUGGAGUUUAGCGCCCCUGUCGCGCCUAGGGUCCUGGGUUCGAUUCCCACGUCGGGUAAACAAUCGUGUGAUGAACAGAUUUGUUUGCUCUUUUUCUGGGCGUUUAUGUAUUUAUUUAAACGUCUAUAAAUAUGUAUGUCAGUCUCUGGUAACCAUAACACAGGGAAUCGUAAUUUUUAGCCAGAUGACCGAGCGUGAUUUAUUCCCGGUUAUUUAUUUAUUUAUAUAUUUAUUUAUUUAUUUACGUAUCGAUUCAAUCUCAAACAAUUUUAAGACCCUCUAAUGAAAAUGAUCGAUAUCACUGAACGUAGUGUUUUAUCGAUAUUAGUGUACUAAGCUUAUUGACUCGAUAAUUUCUUAGCAAAUCAAAACUUGUUCUAACUUUUUAUUUUUAGGCUUGUCUGAUUACAAAUAUGAUUGUAUCACGUAUUUAAUUAAUAUUGUCUACGGUCGAUGGGUCAACCGUCACUGGACAAGGAGACAGCAAUGUAUUGAAAACAUCGUCAGCUAUGGUAUGAAAGUCUUAAAUGAGACUAUUAUACGUCACGGUUCUAUCAUAUCGGCGACGCUCAAUCCUCAGAAAAUCUUUAAAUUUAAUUAACAGAUAAUAAAUUUGGUGAUUGUUUAAAUUAGAAAAUGAUUCAGCCCGUGCGUUCACCCAUCUAUUUACAAACUGCAGGUCACUUUAUUGACCUUGCGUGAUUAAUGAGAAUGACGUAAGCGACAUAUUAUAACAAAUCCUGUAACGGUCUAUGAAAUAUUUUAUACGAUACAUGCAAAAUAUUUUAUCGUUCGAUUAUUCUCGUUUCAUAGAAUUAUAUCUUAUCCACGAUAAAGUAACAAAUAAUUAAGAUACAGGUAUUUUGAUUACAGCAUAAAUUUUUAACUAUAUAGAGAUUUAUUGGACACCGCACCAAAUGCCUGUGCCAAGAACAUGUUUCGAACAACGCUGCGAUGUUUUGUUGCGCUCUCUCUCUCCGCCACGUGCGUACUAAGUGACAGAUGCAUCAGAUUCACGUUCGAAGAUGCCGAGGAAUUCCAGUCGUUGUUCAGUAACGAAGUCGGAAUAUGCGGAGGUAUGCAAUUUUGGGAUGUCGAAACCUACGAAUCGGUGCCGAUGGAGAGCUUCCACGAGGCAGGGCGGAGUUUCGUUAGCCCGAGAACGAUACUGAGCUGCGUAUCGUCGUUCUUCUUUCAAAUGAGAGCCGGGGGUAUUGUAGAAGUGAAUAUCUUUAUGGACGGAGCGUCGAAUUCGGAUCAGAUCAAUUUGCUCGCGAAUCAGCACGUGCCUGGAGGGAACGACGCGGUCGUGGGGUCCGCUAGUAACACUCCCCAGAAUUCAGCGGCCUUUGUACGCGGAUGGCACACGUUUAGAAUACGAUUGAUUGGAACCGGCUCUUACGAAGGAUACAUAACAUUGAUGGGAAUGAAGUCCACUCAUUCGAGGGUAUUGGUUGAUUCGUUCCGUUAUAUCCCUCCCGAUAUGGCUGAGAGCGCAUGCACAUUUUAUGAAGAAGACAUGACUACUACUACUUUAUUACCAGAGUCAACAACAACUUUCGAACCAACUACUGAGGAACCAACUACUGAAGAGCCUACCACCACAGAGCCGACAACAGAAGAAUCUACUACUGAAGAACCUACUACCAUAGAGCCGACUACCGAAGAACCUACCACCAUAGAACCGACUACUGAAGAGCCAACUACUGUAGAACCUACCACAUUGGAACCAACUACUGAAGAAUCUACCACCAUAGAACCGACUACUGAAGAGCCUACUACCAUAGGGCCCACUACUAUAGAACCUACUACCAUAGAACCGACUACUGAAGAACCUACCACUGUAGAACCAACUACUGAAGAACCUACCACAUUAGAACCAACUACUGAAGAACCUACCACUUUAGAACCAACUACUGAAGAAUCUACCACCGUUGAACCAACUACUGCCGAGCCUUCGACAGUUGCACCAACCACUGAAGAACCUACCACAUUAGAACCAACUACUGAAGAAUCUACUACCAUAGAACCGACUACUGAAGAAUCUACCACUUUAGAACCAACUACUGAAGAAUCUACCACCGUUGAACCAACUACUGCCGAGCCUUCGACAGUUGCACCAACCACUGAAGAACCUACCACAUUAGAACCAACUACUGAAGAAUCUACUACCAUAGAACCGAGUACCGAAGAACCUACCACAUUGGAACCAACUACUGAAGAAUCUACCACCAUAGAACCGACUACUGAAGAGCCUACUACCAUAGAGCCCACUACUAUAGAACCUACUACCAUAGAACCGACUACUGAAGAACCUACCACUGUAGAACCGACUACUGAAGAACCUACCACUGUAGAACCAACUACUGAAGAACCUACCACAUUAGAACCAACUACUGAAGAACCUACCACUUUAGAACCAACUACUGAAAAAUCUACCACCGUUGAACAAACUACUGCCGAGCCUUCGACAGUUGCACCAACCACUGAAGAACCUACCACAUUAGAACCAACUACUGAAGAAUCUACUACCAUAGAACCGACUACUGAAGAAUCUACCACUUUAGAACCAACUACUGAAGAAUCUACCACCGUUGAACCAACUACUGCCGAGCCUUCGACAGUUGCACCAACCACUGAAGAACCUACCACAUUAGAACCAACUACUGAAGAAUCUACUACCAUAGAACCGAGUACCGAAGAACCUACCACAUUGGAACCAACUACUGAAGAAUCUACCACCAUAGAACCGACUACUGAAGAGCCUACUACCAUAGAGCCCACUACUAUAGAACCUACUACCAUAGAACCGACUACUGAAGAACCUACCACUGUAGAACCAACUACUGAAGAACCUACCACAUUAGAACCAACUACUGAAGAAUCUACUACCGUUGAACCAACUACUACAGAGCCUUCUACAGUUGAACCAACUACUGAAGCUCCAACUACCGAGGAACCUACCACCGAACAGCCUAUAAUAACUAUUGAACCUACGACUAUUACACCAACUACAGAAGAAGCUACAACUAUUGGACUGACGACAAAUGAACCAACAACUGAAGAGGCAACUACUGCUCAUCCGACGACAGCAAUGCCCACCACUAGUCCAACUGUGAGCCCAGAAACAACGGCACCACCUAUUGAACCGAUUACAACAGAACCCUACCCCACGGAACCCGAACUGACCACAGAAGGAGACGAUCAAGGAACAUCUCCAAGCAGCAUUGAAACAACAACACCAAGCAGCAUUGAAACAACGACACCAAGCAACAUUGAAACAACGACACCAAGCAACAUUGAAACAACGACACCAAGCAACAUUGAAACAACGACACCAAGCAACAUUAAAACAACAACACCAAGCGACGAAAACACAGAACAAACUGAUGGAACAGAAGAACCUCCCGAGAUAGAGGAAGUACGUCCGGCAUUUUGGAAUGCCCUGACAAUAACUAUGGCUGUUUUGCUGUUCAUUUUACUGCUAGCUAUCGUAGCUGCUGUGUCAUAUGAAAUCGGUAGAAGAAGAAGAAGAAGAUCGAAAGACAGCAUUUCAGAAAUCGACAUUGAUAUAGAGAAUCUACCGAAACCCGUUCUGCUUCCGCGGAUAUCGAAAGUUUACCCAGAUCCACCGUAUGCGAGAAGUGACCAGUUUUUAACGUGAACGUAUUUCCUGAGAACUAUGUGCUUAAUGCGAGUUUUUUAGCGUUCUCGAUAGCGUAAAAGUUAACUCAAAUUUGUAGGGAGCUGGAACGUUUGCCUACGUUUGCCGCUAGGGGCGCUGUUCCAGCUGUAUACAAAUUUAAGUUAACUUUUACGCUAUCGAGAACAUAAAAAAACCGGUACUAAGCACACUGGAUUCUCAUCAUACGAGACUACUUGUCGAACCGUUCGUUCCGAUAUCGAGUCGAGGGAACGCGUUCCCGGCCCCGUCACGUCACAGCCGGAGUCCCGCAAGGCUCCGCCCUCUCCCCGUUACUAUUCAGUUUGUAUAUCAACGAUAUACCCCGGUCUCCGGAGACCCAUCUGGCGCUCUUCGCCGAUGACACCGCCAUCUACUACUCGUGUAGGAAGAAGGCGUUGCUUCAUCGACGACUUCAGACCGCGGCUACCACCAUGGGACAGUGGUUCCGGAAGUGGCGCAUCGACAUCAACCCCACGAAAAGCACAGCGGUGCUCUUCAAAAGGGGUCGCCCUCCGAACACCACGCUGAGCAUCCCCCUCCCGACUAGGCGCGUCAAUAACCCCGCCCCCGCCGUUCGCCCAAUCACGAUGUUCGACCAGCCCAUACCGUGGGCCCCGAAGGUCAAAUAUUUAGGCGUCACCCUCGACAGUAGGAUGACAUUCCGCCCCCACAUCAAGACGGUACGCGACCGUGCCGCCUUCAUUCUAGGACGUCUCUACCCGAUGAUAUGUAGGCGAAGUAAAAUGUCCCUUAGAAAUAAGGUGACACUCUACAAAACUUGCAUACGCCCCGUCAUGACCUAUGCAAGUGUAGUGUUCGCUCACGCGGCCCGCAUACACUUAAAAUCCUUUCAAAUUAUUCAAUCCCGUUUUUGCAGGAUAGCCGUCGGAGCCCCGUGGUUCGUCAGGAACGUCGACCUCCAUGACGACCUGGACUUAGAGUCCAUCAGUAAGUAUCUGCAGUCGGCGUCCAUGCGCCACUUCGAUAAAGCGGCACGACACGAGAACCCUCUCAUCGUGGCCGCCGGUAACUACAUUCCCGAUCCUGCGGACAGAAUGGAAAGCAGUCGACGUCGCCCUAAACACGUCAUCUCGGAUCCUCCUGAUCCACUAACGGUGCUUUUAGGUACUUCAAGCACCGGUCACCGUUCUCGUCGAACCCGUCGCUUGCGACGAAGGGCUCGACGAGUAAAUUAACUCUCAGACACAGCCCACUGAGUUUCUCGCCGGAUCUUCUCAGUGGGUCGCGUUUCCGAUCCGGUGGUAGAUUCUGCGAAGCACGACUCUUGCUAGGGUUCGUGUUAGCAACAUCGUCAGGUUUGAGCCCCGUGAGCUCACCUACUAAAGUUAAGGCUACGCUGAAAUAGCCGCUAGGGCUAUCAGCUUAGGUAGGAAAAAAAAAAAAAAAAAAAAAAACACUGGAUUUAAACAGAUUCUCUUGUUCAUUCUUUAAAGGUGACUUGAGGUUUCUUGCGAUGUUAGCAGUUCUUAAAUACUCAAAAUUCAGUAUUUUUUUAAGCAAAAGAGGUCGGUUAAAUUAGGAAAUUUAAUGUAUUUAUUUAAAUAGAGUUAGCAAUUAAUCACGAUCUGAAAACUAUAGACACUAUUUUACUAUAGAUGAUAGUAUGCCUAUUACUUGUUAACAAACUGUACUUGUAGAAGUCUAGAUGAUUCGAAAGACAUUUAAGCUUAUAGACAAUAAUUAAUAAGGACGUUAGAAUAUUAAGAUUUUGUAAGUUUUUUUGUUAAUUAAUAAAACCUUUGUUAAGAAUU